GACAAACUUUCGCCGGUUUUUUUCCUCGAUUUUGUUUGGCAUUUUGCCGUUGUUCAUGAUGACAGGCCAAUAAAAGGAAAGGACAAGGAUAACGAGAAAGGAAUUCUAGUUUUUGCCUGAUUCGCAUUGUCAGUAGGGAAAAGUAAGAUGUACAGCAAAAUACAGGAGAGCAGAAGCUUCUCGCAUAGUGAUGAGAGUGAAUCCUCGAAUAAGCAGGAAGACAGUGAUUCAGGUACUGAUACGGAUACAACCUCCGAGUAUGAUUCACCCACAUCACCCUCAGCUACGCAGAGUGAACGGCACGAUAAUGGGAAUUCAACAGCACAAAAGGGCAAAACCCAAAUCAGCAAAGCUAAUUUCACGUCAAAGCUCUCAACCGCAACAGCCCUGGAACAGGACAUAGUAACAUCAUCCGGCACUAAACACCGAACUGGCAAAGGGAAGAAAAUUAGGUCCUACGAUAGUUCCGCUUUCACAUAUGAAACCAUCAUCGGCAUUCAUUUGUACAAAACGUCGGCUUUAAAAUUCAAAAAGUACAUUCGAGCCCCGAGAGUGAAAGUUUCCAUUUAUGAUACGAAAACUCGUCUGCUGGCACGAAAGAGCGAUGUGAAUCGAAAUGUUAUAAUAAAUAUGGAGCCUGAUCACGUUGAUUAUAUCCUUCCUAUCAUGAGCAACGAAGGGAAGCUGAGUGAGGACGGAAGCUUUUCCUUUGAAUUCGACGAGAAUCUUAUUAUCAACGACGAUAUUCGUCGAAUUAAAGAUGAAAAUAUUGUCAUCUUAUUUGAGCUUGUGGAUACGGUGGUGACAAAUUUCAAAACUCGAUGGAAGAUUAGAAACUCUGAUGGCUGGCACUACAUAUGCUGGGGAUUUUUCAAACUCAACUUAUCCCACGACGGGCACAUAAACAAACGACGAACUUUACAAUUAUACAAAUAUCGAAAAUCAAAAAGGAGCGCCUCAAUUCUCGAGCACUGGGCCGACAACAAUCGUAAAAAGUACCCAGGAACCUUGGAAGUGGCUAUUAAGGAAGUCAAAUAUCAACAAGAAGAAGUGGAGCUUUCUCGUCCCCACACCGCUCUCCAGAAAGACAAACAUAUUUCAGAAGUUUCAAAACAACAGCAGAAAUCAUCAUUAGAAUAUGACGAGAAAAAUUUCAUAAUUGCCAGCACAAGUAGCAACAGUGGAAACGUCGGCGCACUCAGGAUCCACGCUGAAAAAUUAUUGCCACUAAUUAAGUUCAGGAAGUUUUUUCGAUGGCGGACAAAGUUCGUUUGUCCUACGCAAGAGAUUAUACGUAAACAAUUGGCUAGAAAGUGCUCGGUGUGUCGUUUCAACGAGGACGGGGGUCUAUUAGCGUACGCGGAGGAAGUGGGCGAUGAAGCCGCGACAGCUGAUAUCAUAAUCGCUCAAGUCUCCAACCUGGUACAACAAUACGUCUUAAAAGGACACACAGGGACUGUCCAUUGUCUACGGUGGGUAUCGUCUGUCUCGACCACCGGAAAGCAGCAAGUCGGUAAACAAGUCCUUUUGUCAGCUUCGGAGGACCACACCUGUAUUUUAUGGUACUUGGCAGCCGAAGGAAAUUACUCCUUGGAGGUGCUUCCGCAUGCUGGCCCCAUAUACAGCGCUGACUUUCUCCACACUUUCGAGGAUUCCAACAAAAACGAUGAUAGUAGGGGUAGCAUAACUAUCGCAACGGGUGGCCGUAAUGCUGUUCUCCACAUUUGGCGAAUUGAUACAAUCACUCGACCGGCUCCCAAGAAAUCUGAAACAUCUACGAAAUUGCGUCGGGGGCAAUGCCUACGCCGGUGUCGUCAGGUUCAUCUUGAAGCGGAGAUAUCAAAACACGGCACCCACAUUGUCGGCAUAGCAGCUAGUCAGGAAUUUCAUAGAAUAUUUACCGGGGAGGUGAGCGGCGUUGUUUUGGAAUGGAGCCGGGAAGCUGUACGGAACGAAGACGCAGACAAUGUUUCCUGGAUAAAUUCAAGGUCGUUUCGCAUUUCGGACGGGCUUCAAAGUCUGCAAAUUGUAGAGAAAAUUCAUCAGAGCGGGAGUGUCCUUUAUGCAUCAACCAUAUCCCCAGUAACAACUAACUCGACAGACAAGGUCGCCACUUUACAUAAAAUCGAUACGCGGACUGGAAACCAUUCCGAAAUAUCCACUCAUACUCUACCAACAAAAGUAAUUAAAUCCACAACUUUCAGCUUUGUGGUGCUGGAUUGCUCCAGUACUGAAGCUGGCGUCGCCCUCCUCACGUCCGAUACCAAUAAAAUCACGUGUAUAAAUUUGAAAUCAGAUACUGUGAUGGAAACCGUUGAAGUCAAUCUCUCAAGGCUGCCCACACCCUCAAAGCUGAAGAACAGGAGCCCGCAAACCGGUUGCAUCAAAGCUAUCGAUGUCACCUUCAGUUCCGCCGGCGACAGCGGGAAGAGUGUCCUGGCCAUCGCUCUAUCAUCAUGUAAACAAGUACAAGGAAAUUAUAUUUUCCUUUAUGGCCCUGAUCCUUGCAAACAUAAUGGCAAAAUGGCUGAGUCGACAAAGGCCCUCCAGCGGAGUAGGAGGCUAGAACAUGGCCUUUCCAUGAGCUCCUCCAGGCACAGCGGGAGUACAUCGUCUGCUUCAUCGGAUUGCAAAAACGUUUCCCGAUUAACGUCAUUUUUCAAUGAAGUCCUCGAUAAAUGCGACAGAAUUAUUCGAUAUGGAUCGUCCAACACGAGUGGCUAUAAGCUAGCCACCCCUGAUGAAGGCAAUUCCGCAAUAGAUAUUGACGGUAAUGGCGAUGUUGAUAGCGAUAAGACCUCGAUAAAAUCGGAUAAAACUUUUACAAUUGAUAACAUUAGCGUGAACAGUGGAAGCAGUGACCGGGCAUUCGGGAAUACAUUCUCCAUAGAAGCGAAGAGAAAGGAUGUAAACGACACCAGUGAUGCGAACGAUAAUACUUUUAUAGUGCAGAAGCCAAUAAAUAGCGACGGGAAAAAAUCUGGUGUCGAUGAUACCGACGUUUCCGAAGAUAUGGAAUCUUUGAGUUAAGCGGAUUUAUCACUUAUUUUAUUUAGGGUAUCUUCUUGGUAAUUUUUCAUUGAGUGAAAUAGUCAUUUGAGGGUAUUCGCCAAGGGUCAGGAUAGAAUGAAUGUGAAUGUCACGAUUGUGCUGUAAACGACAAGUGUCAUUCCUUUUUCGUUGAGCUUCGAAGCUGCUAAGCUGUUUGUAGGCAUUUAGGAGCUAAAUAGGAAUA